AUGGGAGACGUUGACAAGGGAAAGAAGGUUUUCGUCCAGAAGUGUGCCCAGUGCCACACAGUAGAGCAGGGGGGCAAGCACAAAGUAGGCCCCAACCUCUGGGGUAUAUUUGGACGCCAGACUGGCCAGGCAGUGGGCUUCUCUUACACGGAUGCCAACAAGACUAAAGGUGAGUUCACUGGUGGUUAAUUGAGGCUUUGAAUAGUUUUCUGCCCUC